GCAAUAAAAUCUACGAGCUACAUCAUUCGACGAAAGUUAAUACACAAUAACGAGAUAUUUGAUAUUUGGAUUGUGCAGAGCAAAAAUAGUGUUAUAUAACACUUUUUGUACCAACUAUAUAUCAUGGAGAGGCGUCGAGAAAGUUUACCUUCUUACUAACUAUCAAUGGCCUCAACCAACGUAAACGUGUCGGACACUUCCGUUCCCAGGAGUGGAUAUGAUUUAGAUGUGUUUGACCAUGGUAAUUUUUACGGUAUCCAUCUUUCAGCGUUGCUUUGUAUACUGGUCAGUUUUCUGUGUGCAAUUACAGUCAUCACCGCGUCCUUUACAAAACGCAAGACCAAUUUUUUCGCCUGGUCAAAAAGUGACCGAUUCGUUGUGUACAUUGCUUUAUGUGAUGGCCUCUUCAAUGUAGCCCACAGUUUAGACCAUACACACGUUCUAGUAACCCGUUCUCAUGUCAAGCCUAAAGGACUGUGUGCUUUCUACGGAUUUAUUUUGUCCGAGUUUCUGACCGCUCAAACGUUCAUGGUAAACCUCGUCGCCAUCAAUGCGUUUUGUUUAAUGUUUUUUAACCAGGAUAUUCCAUUUGGAAAAUGGGACCAUCGCCUGUUGAUUUGGACAUUUGGAGCACCUUUGAUAGCUUCUACUGUUGCUGUGUCUUUAAACCAGUUUGGACCAAACACAGUCUUUUGCUUUAUGGACGCCGUCACCGGAAAACUAAUGAACACAGUGUACUUGACCAUUCCAUUGCUGAUAGUUUUCUCAACCAACAUGGUGCUGUAUGGACUGACUUAUUGGCGCUUAUCAGUGGGCUUUCAACGGUUCAAAGGCUCCAAGAUGUCGUCAAGGACUCGGCGCGUGGCGAGAAACAUGAUUCUCUUUCUCUUGGCCUUUUUUGUCCAGUACUGGGCUGCGGCUCUAUAUGGUGCGUGGCAGUUGGUAAGCGAUGAUAUUCCCGUCAUCGUCUACUACUUCUUGACAACGUUCACGAAUAUCGGCGGAUUUCUGAAUGGAUUGGUGUAUAUCGUCAUUCGUCGAAGAUUCCUUCAACGAGACAAAAGCGGCGACAAGACAUCUGUGGACAAGAUGAAGAGAUCUGGAGACCAAAGUCCGACUGCAAUGAGACAUUUGAAGAUUAAUGAUGUUCAAAACGACGACAUUCUGCAGUCUGAUUUUACGUCGGCGUUUCAGAAAAAUAUAUAGACAUGCGACAUACCGUCGUUGUAUUUGCAGAUUACUAAAUCUACAGUUGCGAGUAAUUGUGAAAAUACGACUGAACUUUGGAGAUUUUUUUUCUUAUCUCGUGUCGUCCUGAUCUUUUACAGUAUAGAUACCACUGCUCUGAUAUUUCAGUCAAGAAGAGUUCUGUUUCACACAUUUUAAGAUUAUUAUCAUUUGUAUUCAAAAGAUUAACGAAAUCUUAAAGACUUGUACCUGCCCUUAAUUUCCUUUACCGUGCAUUCUAUAUCGUAUUGUGAGACUCUGACAUUCCAGAUAACGAGAGUGGCAUUGUUAUUCGAAUAUCGAUGUCUUAUGGUAAAUUAUAAAAUGGCAUGAUGUAGUGGUAAAAUGCUAGUUGUAAUGCUAAUACAAAGUUGUA